AUGAGCGGGGCUGGAGCGGCGCCGGAGGCGGCGGGCGCGGCGCGGGGGCUGCGGGUGGACGGGCUGCCCCCGCUGCCCAAGAGCCUGAGCGGGCUGCUGCAUUCGGCGUCCGGCGGCGGCGCGGUGGGGGGCUGGCGGCACCUGGAGCGGCUCUACGCUCAGAAGUCGCGCAUCCAGGACGAGCUCAGCCGUGGCGGCGCGGGGGGCGGCGGUGGCGCCCGCAGCGCGGCGCUGCCCGCCAAGCCGCCCAACCUGGACGCCGCGCUGGCCCUGCUUCGCAAAGAGAUGGUCGGCCUGCGGCAGCUGGACAUGUCCUUGCUCUGCCAGCUGUACAGCCUCUAUGAGUCCAUUCAGGAAUAUAAGGGAGCGUGCCAGGCUGCAGCCAGCGCCGACUGCACCUACGCCCUGGAGAAUGGCCUCUUCGAUGAGGAGGAGGAGUAUUUUCAGGAGCAGAGCUCGCCCCACGCGGGGCAGGAACGAGCUCCCCCGAGGGACCUGUCCCUGCCCACCUCUGCCCUCGCCAGCAGCGACUGGAUUCUGGAGUCCAUCUAGAGGGUCCCCGGAGGGAGGCGACUGACUCCUGGACACACUGUCAGCACUUGCUUCUCUUGCAAGGAGGCACCUCUGCUCCUCUCCCGGGGGCGGUCCCCAGGCCUGUGGGACCCGUGCGGCCAGGUGUGUGAGCAGGGAGCUCUCCAUGGAGCCUGGCGACAGUGUGUUUUGAUGGCCGAGGUUCUGCGGUACCGUGGCCACCCUGGUACCGAGCCUCUCCUGCCGGGGCUCAGGAUGAGACAGGAGGAUCCCAGAGAAGGUCUUCAUGGUGUUGCCUGCCAGACGACUUCUAGCUGGUCACUCCGACAGGCCGCAGACGGCCUGCACCUCCGCUGUGGGGUUCGCCUCCAGUCUGCAAUGUAUCAAAACUAACAUUUCAUGCGCCCUUCCUCAGUACCAUCGGCAGCCUUUUCUGCCGUUUAUGAGCUUUUUGAGCCUCCUGGUGGAGCUUUAUUUAUUUGUCAGCUUCGUUACUAACUGUCCGGGUGACUCAGUGGAAGAUUUUUACUGGAAAAGUAAACGUUUCAGGUCAUGCCAAUCAACUGCAUUCUCUUACCUUGUCAAAAUAGAUAUCAUUCUUGCCCAUCAGAUAUAGGAGGAGGGAAGAGAGUAUGAAGAUAUGUUGAGCUGGGGGGGAGGAAAACGGGGCAAGCUCCUGUUCUGUGUCAUCUGCUGCGGUGUGACCAACGUGUUUCGUUUAAAAGAUUCUGGAUGUUAACUAGUAUGUUAGAAAGCGAACCCCUUUCUUCACUCAGAACAGCGAUCACCGUCAGCCUUAAUGUAUUUAUUAACAUCCUUUAUGAACACUUUUCACUUUGUAGUUUAAAAAACGAGGAUAA